AUGUCUGCAAAGGAAAGGCAAAAAAUGAGAGUCACAAAGGAUAGCGUCACAUUGCUACCAUGCUUUUAUUUUGUGGAGCUUCCCAUAUUGGCAUCAUCAGUAGUGAGUCUUUAUUUUCUGGAGCUGACAGACGUCUUCAAGCCGGUUCAUUCAGGAUUUAACUGCUAUGACAGAAGUUUAAGUAUGCCCUAUAUUGAGCCCACACAGGAGUCUAUCCCAUUCCUGAUGCUACUUUGUUUAUCAUUUGCAGGACCAGCUGCAACUAUAAUGGUAGGAGAAGGAAUCUUAUAUUGCUGCCUAUCAAAGAGGAAAAACGGAAUUGGGGCAGAGGCUAAUAUAAAUGCUGGAGGAUGCAACUUCAACUCUUUCUUAAGAAGAGCUGUCAGAUUUAUAGGGGUUCAUGUGUUUGGACUUUGCUCUACUGCACUUAUAACAGACAUUAUCCAGCUCUCAACCGGUUACCAGACCCCAUAUUUUCUGACAGUCUGCAAACCCAACUACACUUCUUUAAAUGUGUCCUGCAAAGAGAAUUCGUACGUUCUGGAGGAUAUUUGUUCUGGGUCUGAUCUUGCAAUAAUUAAUGCUGGAAGGAAAUCUUUCCCUUCUCAACAUGCCACGCUAGCAGCAUUUGCAGCUGUUUACAUUUCUAUGUACUUCAAUGCCACAUUAACAGACUCCUCAAAACUUCUCAAACCGUUGCUGGUAUUCUCCUUUAUAAUUUGUGGUAUUAUAUGUGGGCUUACCCGUAUAACUCAAUAUAAGAAUCAUCCCAUUGAUGUUUACAGUGGAUUUCUAUUAGGAGGAGGAAUUGCUAUUUAUCUGGGGCUUUAUGCUGUAGGAAACUUUCAGCCUAGUGAAGACAACAUUCCUCAGAAGCCACCACCUCCACUUAGAGAACCGCUAAGGUCUCUAACUGACAUCAGCCAAGAUACCAGCAGGAUAUUACCAGGGAAGAAUGGCAGUAGUAGUGAUGGAAUCUCCUCUCAUCACUCUGAAAGCAUCUUAAACAGAAAUCACAGGGAGUCUAGCUCACUCACAAAUAUUAAGAGAGCAAGUACCGAUGUAGAGGUUAUUACCCCCAGAAGUCCCAUGGAAAAUAUGGUUACAUUCAGCAACACUUUGCCAAGAGUACAUACACCUUCCUUAGAAGAUCCUGUAAGGAGAAAUGCAACCAUCCAUGCAUCUAUGGAUUCAGCACGUUCUAAGCAGCUUCUCUCUCAGUGGAAGACUAAAAAUGAAAAUCGAAAGUUAUCAUUACAGGUAAUUGAGACAGAGUCUGGACUUUCGCCACAAAGGAUAAUGGAAAUGAGAUCAAGUUCUGAACCUGUGAGGGUUGGUGUUAAUGGAGAUCAUAUUGGUCCAGGUAAUCCUUAUCUUAAAUUACAGCCUGGUAGUAUACCUGGCUGCAACAACACUGGUAUUCCAGGAGGGCCAAGGGUCUCUAUUCAGUCUCGACCUGGAUCUUCACAGUUAGUACAUAUUCCAGAAGAAACACAUGAAAAUAUAAUAAAUGCAUCUCCAAAAUGCAGUUCAGCUAGAUCCAAGUGGCUCAAGGUGGCUGAGAAAAGUGUUACGUGUCGAAGUAAUAGUCAACCUAGAAUCAUGCAAGUGAUCGCCAUGUCAAAGCAGCAAGGAAUGCUUCAAGGAAGUCCUAAAAGUUCAGAUGGAAGCACAGUUAGUUGUACUGGAUCCAUCAGAUACAAAGCACUUACAGAACAUGAGCCAACAAAUAUUGUGCGUAUUGAAGCUCAUCCUGAAAACAACAGGCCAAUAAUCCAGAUGCCAUUAGAAGGUGAAGGAAGUGGAUCAUGGAAAUGGAAAGCUCCUGAGAAAGGUACACUUCGCCAAGCUUAUGAGUUAAAUGAUCUGAACAGAGACUCUGAAAGCUGUGAAUCAUUAAAAGACACUUUUGGGACUAUUGAUAGGAAAAGAAGCAACAUAGAUAAUGACCAUCUUCUUCAUGGAAUAACAACAAUACGAGUGACACCUGUUGAAGGGAGUGAAAUUGGCUCAGAAACUUUAUCUAUUUCUUCAAGCCGCGACUCUACUCUUAGAAGAAAAGGCAACAUUAUAUUAAUCCCAGAACGAAGUAACAGCCCAGAGAGCACUCGAAAUAUCUUCUAUAAAGGAACAUCACCCACACGCACCUACAAAGAAUGA